GGAUUGUUUACAUGGAAACAUAUGGAGAGACACGACAAGCUCCUACUUAAAAGGUUGGAGAUAAAUACUGUUAGCCUACUGAAACUUGACAUAAUAUUCCAAUCAUGGAUGAAGAAAUGAACAGUAAUGACAGUGAUUUCAUUGAUGAUGUGAUGUCCCUGCUAGAAAAAGAAGGAACAGUUCGAACUGAGCAAUCUACAAAUCACUUUGGAUUGUUGAUUAAGGAACCAGAAGUGAUAUUUCAAGAUGGCUUAUCAAUCGAUGAUGUGCUGCAUAAAGAAGUUAUAAUAACUGUUGAUGAAACCAAUUCUAAUCUGCCAGGGACAAGCUAUCACAUAGAUUUUCAGGAAGCUGACCAACCGAUUAAUUCUGAUUGCUCUCAUGUCAAUAUCACAAAUGAAGAUGCUUCAAACAAUAAUGACAUUAGUUUGGAUAAUGCAAGCAACAAUACAGAUCCUGAUGAUCCUGAUUUCCUGUUAUCACAGAAUGAGAUUGCCAGUGUUGACCCUUCUAUUGCCCUCAAUAUCCAAGAAGAUGAUGAAAGUGAUCCCAAUGCAAACAACACACUCAAGGAACUUGCCAACAACUCUCAGGAUGAUUUGUGUUCUGUGGAAGCUUUCAAUGAUCAAAAAAGAAAACGGAACAAGCGGCCAAACAGUUCUUCAUGGGAUAUCAAUAUUCAUAAGAAAUUGAGAAUGACAGGACAAAAGUAUUUGGGGUAUAAGAAAGUGAAAGUUGAUGGUAAAAUUACUGUGAGAAGGAGUGAAACAGAGCACGAGGAAAGGAAAAUGGGACCUGCCUGCAAUUCUCCAGUUUGCAAAGCAAAUAAAAAACGGAAAUGCACAGAAAUAUCACAAGAAAUGAGGUGAGAUUUAUUCAAAUUGUUUUGGCGACUUUCU